AUGUUUAAAGCAACCAAAUUAUUUACAAGAUCUUUGAGUCAAUAUAAACCUAAUCCACAAAUUUGGAUCCAUGAAGUUAAACCUAAUUUAUAUAAAUUUUCAUUGAGUAAAAAUCCAAAAGCAAUUGAUAUUGGAUCAUCAUCAAAUGAAAAACCACACCCUGAUAAUUUUAAAAAUAAUGAAGAAUUCUUUGACAUAUUACAUAAGACAUUUAAAGAUAGAAUUUACGAUGAUUUUACAUUUAUAACUGAAGCUGGUACUUUUGCAAAUGCUUUUAUGCCAAUUUAUGAUUUUAGAGGUGUUCCAAAACAUGCGAGAACUCCUUAUAUUGAAGAUAUUUUUGGUUAUGUUCAAGUUGAUGGUAAUGGUAAAAUUUUAAAAGAUACUUAUCAAGAUAAUGAAAUGUAUCAAGUAUGUAGUGGUAAAACUGGUUUACCAAUUUUUAGUGAUUUUAUGAUUGAAGAAUUAAAAAAGGAAAUAGAAUAG